CACGGAAUACAGAGAAAAAGAAGCAAGGGCUUCAGGAGCAGUCAGGUAUGCCUGGGGGAAGUACGGGGAAGUGGGAGUCCAACCGACUCAAACACAAAAUCUAUUCAUCUUUACCUUUAAGGAUGCCAAGAUCUGGGAUAAAAUCUGGCUUGAAAGACCCUGGAGUCUCUCCAACACGAUGACGGCUCUGGCAAAGUACGAAGGCAGAGGAGAUUCAGAGGCAGUGCCCAUGAACAAGCUGGCGGUUUGGGUGCAGAUUCAUGGUCUCCACCAAAGUCAGAGAAGUGAGCAGAACAUCAUCUCAAUAGGGACUUUUUACUUCCGCAAAUUCAUUGAUAUGGACAGAGCUAGCCUCCAUUUCAAUGGAUAUAGAAGAUUCACCAGGAUGUUGGCCGAGGUCGAGGUUAGUGAACCAGUCCCGACGGGCUUCGAUUUCCCCUUCACGGAUGAAGCAACGGGUCGUGAGUAUUGCGAAGAAAUUACUUUCAAGUAUGAAAGACUUGUCGAAUUAUGCUAUUUCUGUGGGAGAAUCAGUCACAACAGGCCGACAUGUACAAGAAUGAAAGAAGAAAGGAAGAAGGGAGGCCAUGUUAAGCUGUCUGAUAUAUACACAUCCGAGCUGAAGGCGGGGAUUGAUUCUCCAUACAAAUCGAGUGGGAGCAGAAGCAGGGUUGAAGAAGAAGAACCAUGGUGUCCGUCCACCGACCAGGAAGCUUGGAGGGACCAUUAUAGUUCGGGAGGCUUAAUUGAUGGCAGGGAUGGGAGGGCGGCGACAGAGUUCACAUCGGCGAGAAGAGAAGAGGAAGCUCACCCCCAAAUCCCACCGGGAUUCACUGUUCAUCGUAUGGAGGAGGAAGCAAGGGCUGAAGAAGGGAGUUACCAUGGAAGGAUGAAGGGGAAGUACAGAGUGGACAUGGGGGCAAGAGACCUGCGAAUGAAUUGGAGGAAGCGGCGGCGGCAUUGCAGGGGAGGCUGAGACUCGAGGGAAUGGAAGAGUUACAGCGGCAGACUGAGAGAAGGAUGCAUAUGGGCACCCAACUCUCACUUGGGCUUUGCAAUCCCAUCUCACAGGCCCGCCCUAGCAGUGAUUUGGAGCCCACGACUUUUAGCCCUCAAGUCCACAAUCCAAGGAGUGCUGGAGGGAGAAGUGGGCCGGAAUUUCAAAAAAAGAAAGGGCCUGUCUAUUCUUAGCCCAGAAGAGGCUGACCAAGGGGCUAAUGAUGAGCCUGGUUUUAUUUUGAGCCCAUCAAGUUCUGUGUUUGCAGGAGGAGUUAAAGGAAGAGGAAAGAAGAAGAACACGAAAGGAACAAAGCUCAAUCGACAAAUGAAGGCAUAGGGGAAGGAGAAGAAAGUGACACAAGGGAAGCGGUGGUUCGCCAAAAGCCACCUCACGUUCCAUGAGUAUUGUAAGUUGGAACUGUAGGGGAUUUGGCCAAACCCUUACGAGAAGUUAUGCUAAGCGUCUUAUUAGACGUCGUGGCCCUUCUAUUGUCUUCCUAAUGGAAACUAGCAACAACGAAGAUUUCAUGGAAGAACAUAGAAGUCUUAAGUUUUCCCCAAUAAAGAGUGUGUAGAACC